UUGGCCAUUUUUAUAUAAUAUGCAACUAUGAUCAACCAUUGUGGCCUCUCUUCUUCUGUUUGUAGAGUUUUCCUCGUUAAGCCGAUUUAGACUUUUAGUUCUAUCGCAGGAUCUAGCUUGUAAGCAUUUUAAAUUAAAGCAAUUUUCUUUAGUAAUAUAGUAUAUAGAAACACACAAACAUGCUAAAUAUACUAUUAGAUGAAAUCUGAAAAUUGGAAUCGACCAUGUUAGAAAAAAACCAAGAAUCUUGUAAUUAUAGAAAUCAACAAUUCCUUCAUUUCAGGUCGUCAUUGUACAAUCGUGUGAUUGUAAUUGUUUGAACUCAGUCACACCUAGGAGCUUUUACUUUUUCGUCGGCCUUCUUGUUGCCACAAAGUUCCUCCCGAGUCUCCUACAUAACAUCAGUCUCAACGCUAAAAAUCUAUAUAAAAACACCCCUCUUGGAAACAAAAAUAGAAAAUAAAUCCAAAACAAUGUAUUCUUCAUCAUCUGUAUCAAAAGGCUUCGUUCUAUACGCUAUCGUGGUCGUGGUGACCACGCAACUCAUGCUCGUACGCAGCGUUUCUUCACUAAACCUUACCAAUUCGUAUCUCCAGCACAAAUGCUUAGUCAGUCUAGGGAAAUACAAGCCGGGAAGCGACUACGAGAAAUCCCUCGAUGAUAUCAUCCAAAGCUUUUCGAAUGAAGAUAAAAAUUCGUAUGGUUACCGUGCCGGUUUCAGCAUGUCAGCCUACGGUAAAGAACCUGAUAUGGUCGCCAUCACCUACCAGUGCCGUAUCGACUCUCGCGGGCCCAAGUGCCAAUCCUGCGUUGUCACCGCCGGUUAUGAGCUUCUUCGUAAGAGAUGUCCGAGAGAUAAAGGGGCAAUAAUAUGGUACGACCAAUGUCUUGUGGAGUUUUCUUCGUCAGAUACUUCUGGGCAGAUUAAUUACGACGACAACUUCUGUAUGCCCAGCGCGAAGAACCUGAUCGGCAAUUCAAUUCCUUUAGAAGAAAGGUUGCAUCUCCUCAACAAUCUGACAAAGAUGGCCGUCACUAAAAUAGAUAAAAACAUAGAAGGUAUAAAAAAACCGGUACUGUAUGCGGCGGGGGAGAAGAGACUGGGGACGAAGAAUCUAUACGGAAUGGUGCAGUGUUCGGCUGACUUAUCUGUUCAAGGUUGUAAUGAGUGUAUGCUAUAUUAUAUAGUGCAUUUUCAAAAAUGCUGGAAAAGUAAACAAGGAGUAAGAGUUUUGAGUAGAAACUGUAACUUUAGGUAUGAGCUUUACCCUUUUAUUAACCCGAAGGGUCCUUACUACACCAAGUUCUAGAGCAAUUUGAACAUGUUGCUUUUAGAAUAUAUUUUUUCUUUUCUUUUUA